AUGAGUGAGACGGCUCUGGCUUCGAACUUCUCCUCACCAGCUCAGGCUUGCCAAUUCUUCAGCUCCCAAUGGGGCAAUCUUACUUCGUUUCCCAACUCGACCGUAUAUAUCGACAUCAACACGGAUUACUGGGACGCGGCGGCAGCACUUGGACCAGCCUGCAUUGUUGCUCCUGACACGACAGAGCGUAUGAGCAUUGCUGUCCAGACCUUAGUUCAAUACAACACCCCCUUCGCCAUCAAGGGCGGUGGCCACUUGGCUAUUGCCGGUUCCAACAACAUCAACUCCACCGGCGUGCUCCUUGCCAGCACCAACCUGAACCAGAUUGACCUCGCUGCCGACCAUGAGACCGUCGAUGUCGGCCCCGGCAACAGAUGGGGAACCGUAAUGGACUACCUCCAAGACUACCAACUGUCCGUUGUCGGUGGUCGGAUGUCCAUUGUUGGCGUCCCAGGGCUUCUCACCGGCGGUGGCAUGUCCAACUUCGGCAACGAGUUUGGCUGGGCGGCCUCCAAUAUCGACGAAUACACCUGCGUGCUGGCCGAUGGCACCAUCGCCAACGUGACGGCAAGCAACGAAUACUCGGACCUGCACUGGGCGCUCCGCGGCGGUGGGAACUCCUUCUGCAUUGUCACCAAUUUCAAGCUACGUACCAUCGACGUCCCAGCCUUCACUGCGGGCGAGCGUACUUGGACCUCGAACCAGAGCCAGGGCUUCCUCGACGCCGUAUACAACAUGGCCGUUAACCCCAACCCUGACGUGAAGGGUGCCCUCACUCCUGUUGCCAAUGCCGGUAGUUCCCAGAAUGGCACAACGUAUACCAGCAUGAUGUUUUAUAACGGGAACAACACAACGCCAGAAUUCUUCCAGAACUUCUCCGCCCCCAUCCUCCCCCCAGCCACCGACUCGUACGGGCCCAUGGAAGGCAUGGGUGCCGCAGCCACACUCAUGUCGACAGGCACCGACGAGAUCGCUGGCUUCCGAGAGGGCUGGUGGUUCCUGACCUUGCGCGCCAAUCGCGAGGCUCUGCAGCUGAUCCACGAUACCUAUUUCGAGAUGAUCGCCUCAUACUUCGCGGACGUGGACAUCUGGAUCACGGGUUUAGCCAUGAACAUCGUCAGCAAGCAGUAUGUGCUCGGCGGCUUGGAGCAGGGCGGCCCCGAUCCCAUGGGACUGGACCCCGAUGUGGCACCAUACCUCAUGAUCGAGGAGUCGAUCACAUGGUACGAAGCGUCAGACGAUGCUACUAUCCAGGCGUUUUAUGAUGCUUUCAACGCAAACAUUACCGCACAGCUGGAGCCUCUCGGUGUGCUUGUCCCUUAUGUGUAUUUGAAUGAUGCCAAUGGCGAGCAAGAUGUCUUUGGUGGAUACCCAGCCGCGAAUGUGGAAAGGCUGAAGGCUAUCCGGGACAAGUACGAUCCUACUCGGGUCUACACUGACUUGAUGCCAGGUGGAUGGAAGGUAGCUAAUUACGAAGCCUAA